GUGUCUUUGGGCCGGUUUUGCCUUGGGGCCAGUUUCUUGAGUGCCCUGAAGGGUCGGCCUUGUUUCUAUAUGAUGCAGGCUUUCUCCGAGUUGACGCUGCUGGCUUUUGUCUCCCGCUCGUUUCUUCGGCCGAAGCAACCGCCUCGCUCGUCAUGUCCGACAACUGAUCUCGCUUUAGUCUCUUCCCGCCUAUCGAAUCAGUGUGGUGUGCCGUCGAUAGAUCCUCUUCAAUGUCCGAAGCGGAAGGAUUACUCCAAUCUCUCUUCCAGCAGAACCAUCUCGACCCCAAGAAGAUCGGCACCGGCCGACGCCGAUGCCUCAACUGCCCUUCGUUGAGCCUGGGCUAGUCGAACCCCACCAAGUCGACAUUCAAGCGCAUCAGCCUUCCCUCUCCAUUCAUUCACUGCCUGUCCGUCACUUUGCAACGCACAAGAACACAGCGAAUGGAGCGAGGCUAUCCUGAACCGGCCAGAUCGCUCCGCUGCCGACCAGUGCGUCCGGUCAGACGGAGGUGACGAGCUGUUCUGGACUACAUUACAUGAGUACGGCGGCACUGUCAACUUCGAUACCUACACUGAACACUGAAAAUUCCUCAUCAUUGUUCGGUGAUGUAUGCUGUCUGGACGCUUUUACCACACCUCAUCGACCAGCAGGGGAUUCCGAGCUUGGCUCAGCGGACGGGUCAGACCUGGCUUUUGUUUCCGAGGUCUACGACCAACCGCCCGAAACACUGUAUACCGCGUCGGAGACAUGCGAUGACAUUGGAAUUAUUAUCAAUAAUGAGCUGUUCCGAGUACCGGAGUUGACGCUUUCGAUCUCUUCCAUAACCGGCCAAGCUAACAACACUUCACCCCUGACGCCAGAACCAACUCUUCAAGAAGCAACCCUCAAUCUGGUUGACGGCUGCCUCUACACCAAACCUUCGGCACCCUCACCUACGCCAUCCCACAAGCACACCAAGAAAUCGCUGUCCUGCCAGCGAGGCUGCUCUCUCUCCUUCGCGAGCCCCAAGGACCUCCGACGGCACUACGGGUCCGAGAAGCACGCGAGGGGGACGGUGAUCAAGUCGUACCGGUGCCGCUGCGGGUAUUCGACGUCCCCCGGGAAUGAUCAUUAUCGUCGGCACCUGCGCGGCAUCGCGGAGUCGCGGCCGUGCCAGCUUCGGCGACCCUUUUUCGAGUUGCAUCUGCCGGCGGGAGGGAGACGCAGGGCGAUGCCGGGAUACACCUACGUCACAUCGACUCUUGCAAGGAGGGACGCGGGGUCUCUGGGAGGCCGAAGAAGUCCCGGGGGUCCGAAGCCCUGAGUUUCUGAUGGGCUAUGAUGGAGGUUGACGGGCACAAGCCUGUGGAGAAGUGGACAUCGAAGAAAGCAAUGUCGUGGGGGAAUCAGAACAGAGAUGGCACGGGAAGCGCUGCGAUAUCAAAAUGUCAGAGGUUUCUGUCUCUUCUGUCUGUUUUCUAGACUUUUACGCCUUGAACACACAAGCAUGGGUAUGGGCAUCGGCGGAAGUGCCUGCUGAUUCUGUGUGUUUUCG